GGCCGAGGGGGCAGGGUCUCUUCCCUCACCCUCCCCGCUCUUUUUUUUUUUUUUUUUGAAAUAAAUAACUUGAGGAGAAGAGGAAACGCUUUCGGGAUUGACCCUCUCCGGCCGCCGUGCCUCGGUUUCCCUACGCGGGGUGGGGGGAGCGGGAGGCGGCGGCGGCGGCGCCAUGGCUGACGCGGCGGCGGCCGCGACCCUCUCCGAGUCCGGCUGGUACCUGUCAGAUGAAGGGAUCGAGGCUUGCACAAACUCACCUGAAAAAGUCAACAUCAACGAUAUUAUCCUGAUUGCACUUAAUACAGACUUGAGAGCCAUCGGCAAGAAGUUUCUCCCAACUGACAUCAAUGGCGGAAAAGUAGAAAAGCUAGAAGGCCCCUGUGUUCUGCAGAUUCAAAAAAUCCGCAAUAUAGCUGCACCGAAGGACAAUGAAGAAUCUUCGGUGGCUCCCAGAAUGCUGCGUUUGCAGAUGACCGAUGGGCACACAAGCUGCACGGCGAUAGAAUAUACUUACAUGUCGAAAAUAAGUCUGAACACACCUCCUGGAACAAAAAUUAAGCUGCUGGGAAUCGUGGAAGUGAAAAAUGGCUUUCUCCUUCUGGAUGACAGCAACACGGUGGUUCUUGGAGGGGAAGUGGAGCAUCUGAUAGAAAAAUGGGAGUUGCAAAGGAGUUUAUCAAAGCACAACAGAAGCAACAUAGGAACAGAAGGAGGGCCUCCUCCCUUUCUCCCUUUUGGACAGAGAUGCGUAUCUCAGCUUCAAGUGGACAGCAAGGAAUUGGACCGCCGAAAAACCCUGCAGGUGACGAACGUGGUGAAGCCGAUGGGCGACAACGAUGAAUUUGAAAAACAGCGGACGGCUGCUAUUGCCGAAGUUGCAAAAAGCAAGGAGACCAAGACUUUUGGAGGCGGUGGAAGUAAUACUCGAAGCAACCUCAGUUUGAAUGCAGUAGGGAAUCGGAGCAGAGACGUAUUCCAGAAAGAGAAGACGAAGCCUGAAGGAAAAAAUGAAGGUGUCUAUCGUGAAUUGGUUGAUGAAAAGGCGCUCAAACACAUAACAGAAAUGGGCUUUAGCAAGGAGGCCGCCCGGCAGGCUCUCAUGGAUAAUAGCAACAACCUUGAAGCUUCAUUAAAUUUCCUCCUCAACAGCAAUAAACAAGCCACCGCUCAAGGACCAGCCGCUAGAGGAAAAGGAAAGGGGAGAGGCCGAAUAAGACCUGAAGAUGAGGAAGAACUUGGAAACGCGAGGCCAUCUGCUCCAAGCACUUUGUUUGACUUUCUCGAGUCAAAAAUGGGUACUCUCACGGUAGAAGAACCAAAGGCACGGGUGGCAUUGCAGCAUCACGGACACCAGAGAGUGCCCAACGCUGAGCAGAACGGCGUAAAAAUACAUAACCAUCCAAGAUACGUGUCUCGAAACGAACCCCGGCAGCCGAGGAACGAGAAGCCGCCGCGCUUUCAAAGAGAUAGUCAAAACUCGAGACACCACACGGACGGAAGCGGAUUGCCGAGGACCAGGCCUUCCGAAAGGCAGAAUUCCCUGGGCCCUGAUCAGUGGUCCGAAGAGAAAAAUAAGUGCGAUAGACUUUACCCACGGAAAGAUUUUGGAUACCCUACGGCCGGUCAUUCGGAGGACCUUCCUUUCAAGAGGAGGGAGCCCCCCGUGCAAAACAGACCGGGAAAAAUCGGGUCGCUCAUGGAAAUGAAAGAAAACUCUUCCGGCCACGAUCCGACCGACAACAACAACCAGAAACAAGGAAGUCAGAUACAUCACCCCAACAAUUUCUGCGAUAGGAAAACGUUGAUCCUAGCGAAUGAUUCUUAUACCGGCUUAAAAAACGAGCAGCCGUUCGGUAUGUCCGUAGACUAUCCGAAUCCGGUUAGGACUGAUCCCUUUUGUUCCGUACCCAACGGCGAUUUGGAACAUUUCCCCAAAGGGAGGCGGGUCGGACCUAUUAAAAUGCCUCCCCAAAACAUGGCCAUGCCCUUUGAUGUCAAAAUGUACUAUGAUUCCGGUCCCAAAAAGCGAUCUGGGCCCAUCAAGCCGGAAAAAACGUUGGAGCCACCUGUUUCGGGAGAAUACGAGAAAAGUUGGCAACCGGGCGAUGAAUGUUUCGCUCUUUAUUGGGAAGACAACAAGUUUUAUCGGGCAGAAAUCGAAGCUCUCCAUUCUUCUGGGACAACUGCUGUUGUUAAAUUUUGUGACUAUGGAAACUAUGAAGAAGUGUUAUUAUGCAACAUCAGGCCUGUUCAAGCUGACACCUGGGUACGUGAUAAUAAAUUGUAUACAAAGAGAUAAAGUACAGUAUUUCUUAUGAACAUGGAAGCCAUAAACAGAUGACUGAUUGCAGAGGGUUUUCGAAUAAAAACCUGAAGACAAGAAUUCUAAAACUGGUUAAGGUGGUUUUUUUUGUUUUUUGUUUUUUUUUAACUGCAUCUCCAUCUAUAACUAUGCCUUAAGAAGCAUGUAGCCUUAACUUUACCUAAUAACGUUUGUAAAUUGAGCAAUAUAUUCUUGGCUUUUCAAGCAAAUAAUGAUUGACGAUGAAGAAGAAGAAUUUAAUGGUUUUGAAAUGUAUUCUGCCAGGCUGUAGUUUCUAAUUGAUGGGUUUCCCAUGUGGUUUGCUUUAAUUUAGAAAGCAGAGGAGUUCGCAAAAUUUAAACUCUGGAGUUUAAAUGUCUUUUCCCUCCCUUAAAUGUCCCAUGUUCACUGUAUGUAUGCCUGAGUUUAUCAUUGUUUCUCUAAUUGUAUUGUGUUCCUUGGACAAACAUUAAAGAUAUUUGAGGGAUGGUCUAGCCAUAAGGGUUUAAAAGGCUUUGUGGAACAUCCAACAUCCCAACACAAUGAGUUUCUAGAAGGGUGCCAAAUAAUAGAAACAGGGGUUAUUUUUCUGAAGGGUGGUUAAAAAAACAAACAGAAAGAAAACUUCUCAUUCGAUUGACAUUUUUUCCCUCCCUCCCUCUUCAGUGGGGUUAUUGUGUGGCAAGAACAAGAAAUUAAUGUUCUUUCUCAAAACGUAUUUGCGUUUAGCCAUUUUUGUUUAGCUCCCAUCAUUAUUCAUUAUUUCAUAUUAACGAUACACGGAAGACGGAGCAUACCAAGUUAGCUUCUAUAAUUUUUUUUUAAAGUUUGAAAAUGCCGCGUUGUAUCCCGCAUUUUUGACUCUUUAAAAUGUUCGCUUGUGUGUUUUACUUCAGAAACCCAAGUUUAAUUUUUUUUAUAUAUAUAGCUUUUAAACAUACUUUGGCACUUACUCGAGGUUUUGCAUCUCUCGGUGCCAAUUUUCAUCGAAUGACGGGAUAAAUACCGUGAUUUCAAGAUUAGGGCACAGGCAAGGAUAGAUACUAAAUAUCUAGUAGGUUUCUUGAAGAAAAGAAGCAAAUCAGCUACCUAAUUAAAAGCAUCAUCAGUUCAUCUACAGAAAUUUUCAGGGUUACCCGUUGAAUGUUUUAUAGUCAUCAUCACGGCCAUUGCUUUCAUCUCUUGGCGGUAAAUUAUACGCAAUACAAAUAGGCCAAGUACAUGCAGUCAGGCUUGAAAUAAACAAGAGACCGGACUAAGAUGAAAGGUUCUCACUGGAUUUCAUGGGUUUGGGUAGAACGACGAGAUUUUAGUUCCUGUAUAUCUCCGGAACGUUUCUAUUGUGGUCUGUCCAAUUAAAUAUUUCCUUUUUCUGAAGUUGGACUUCAUUUUUGGAAAGGCGCACCGUUCUGAUUUCUUUUGAUCUUCUUAAAUUCAUUUUUGUUAGCAAACCAGCAAAAAAAUAUAUAUUAAUAAAAUAAAUAAGGUUUCUCGAAUGAUCAUUGAACAAGUCUUUUCUAUGACUUCUCGCGUCGUGGUGGAUAAAUAGCAAUUCACUUAAUAACAGCGAAGUACAUGGUGCAGAGGGCAGGAACGAAUUAAGCAAGCAAAUACAUUUUAGUUUGAUUAAACCUAAAUGAACGGCUACACGAAUUCUGUAUUUUUUUCCCCCCAUAGAGCAAUAAAUAUGGGAGUGUUGAAUUAGCUUUUCCUAUGUAGGCAUUACGGAGUUUUCAUUAGAAAAUGUGGACAAGAAAGCAGUUUGCAUUUCCAUUUGUUGAAGGAUUGUUUAACCUUUUACACUUGACUAGAGAAUGUACCCAUAUAUAUAUAUAUACAUAUAUAUAUGUAAUCCACUGUUAUGCUAAAUGUGGCAGUGAUCACAGAAUAAAGUUAUAUGUUUGCAACAUAUCAGCUCAGGCUUAAAGGCCAUCACCGUAAUAAACUUUUUUUUUUCCUCUUGCAAUAUUUAAAAUAAAUAUCAAAAAGCAUGCAUUGUUCAGACGAAAUUAAGUCUGUGCUGUAGAAAUAUAAAAUAAACACAAAUAAGUUAAACCCAAA